AUGAAAGAAGCCAUCGUCUUUUCCGGGCCCAAGGUCACCAUACACGAUGUCGAAUUUCCAACCCUACCAAGCCCAAAUCACCUGAUUAUUAAAGUAAUAGUCUCAGGAUCCAACCCAAAGGACUGGGCAAUAGCCGAGCGCGUACCUGGCCUGAAUCAAGGAGAUGAUAUCGCCGGAAUUGUACAUUCCGUCGGCGAAGAUGUCACUGAUUUUAGACCCGGCGAUCGAGUUGCCAGUUUCCACGAGAUGCUUUCUCCACAUGGAAGCUUUGGCGAAUACGCCGUCGGCCGGGCUGAUACCACAUUUCAUAUCCCUCAAAAUGUCAGCUUCGAAGAAGCCGCCACAAUUCCACUUGCCGCCAUGACUGCGGCCCUUGGACUAUAUCAAAGAUUGGGGCUACCUCCCCCCUGGCUUGCCACAGACCAAAGACUACCUCUAGUCAUCUACGGGGCUUCCAGUGCGGUUGGGGCAUUUGCGGUGAAACUUGCUACAUUAUCAAACAUACACCCGUUGAUAUGUGUCGCCGGCGGCGGAAAAUCGUUUGUAGAGACUCUGAUUGAUAGGUCAAAAGGUGACACCAUCGUGGACUACCGUAUUGGACACGAGGAGGUUGUCACCGGUCUACAGAAUGCCCUAGGCGGAAAUGAAAAGCUCAAGUACGCUUUUGAUGCCGUGAGCGAUAAAGGGAGCUUCGAAAAUAUUAUGCAAGUCAUGGAUCAUCUGCAGGGGAAAAUUACUCUUGUUCUCGCCCGCAAAAAGUACGAAGGGAUUCCCGACACAGUGGACAAAACUUUUACGCAAGUAGGGAGAGUCCAUUCAUCAAAUUACCCAGGAAUCAAGGGUGAAAAACCGUCUGUUGGUCCAUUGGGUGACCAGGAAUUUGGAGCUUUAAUGUACAAGUUUUUUGAAAGGGGCCUGGUAAAAGGUUGGUUUCGAGGCCAUCCGUUUGAAGUUAUUCCGGGUGGACUGCAAGGAAUUGAAGGUGCUUUGACAAACUUGAAGGCUGGCAAAGCUAGUGCAGUAAAAUACGUCUUUCGAAUCGAAGCAACAGAAGAGCGCAGGGAGAAUCAUUUAUGA